CUGCGGUCGGGUCACCCGUGCCGCCGCCGGCGGCGUCGAGUUCUCGCUUCUCUCAUUACCGUCGGGAACCGCCGCGGCACCGCCAGGCCACAGCAGUAGUCACACGUCAGAUGCGCUUGCGACAUCAUGUGACGUCGUCCCACUACGUUAUUAUAAAGCGUGCGCGUGUUUAUGAUGACAGGAAAAUGUGAACCGGACUCUUUGCCCGUCGUCAUACCAGUCGCGUCCGAGACGUCUUCCGCAGGAAUCCACGACAGCAACAAUAACGCGUCUUCUACGGCAACACCGUCGCCCGUCACGGCCACUGUGCAUCCCUUUAGCAAGAGGGAACCCAUCGUCACCAGCUCAUCCUUGAUAUUUUCACAGUCGUCUAAUCAAAAGGAUGGUAAAAGGGCUAACAAACCACUAAUGGAGAAAAGAAGACGAGCAAGAAUAAAUCAAUCGCUAGCGCUUUUGAAAACUCUUAUUUUAGAUUCUACUAGGACAGAGAAUACUAAGCAUUCAAAAUUGGAAAAAGCUGACAUAUUAGAACUUACCGUACGCCAUUUACAACGGCAAAAAGUUCUGAGCUCAGACGUCAGGGAUAAAUAUCGGGCUGGCUUCCAAGAAUGUGCUAGAGAGGUUACUAGAUUUUUGGAGUGCCCCGAACUGCAUAUGUGCAGUACUGGAACUGGAACACUUCUUUCUGCUGGUUCCACAGUUAUAGAGCCAGCUGUAAAACAACGCCUGUUAAGACACUUAGAUACAUGUUCAUCAGAAAUUGAUUUAGAUUUUAGCAACUCUACAGUUGUUAUUCCUGAUGACAUUAUCGGUGGAGACGAAGAAUCAAAUUGUAGCACGAUCGAAAGUAAAAAUGAUCGUAUAAAAUCUGAACCUCCUAAGAAAAGAGCUCGCAGUAAAUCUGUGGGUGUAGACGAUAAGAUAAUAGAUCGUGGUGGUCUGACAGCAAGUGUUGUUGUAGCGCCAACUAAUGAUCCUACACAACCCUUAUCUGUUGUACAGGUAAUUCCUUCACAACUUCCUGAUGGUCAAGUUGUAUUCCUGUUACCAAGUCACUAUGUGCAUUGCCAACAAAACCAGGGGGCCGAACCAAGGCCUCCGGGUGAUGAACCUAUUGAUUUUAGUGUAAAAAGAGAACAUGAACAUGACAGUAUGUGGAGACCUUGGUAAAUUCAAAUUAUAGAAUUAGCCAAUUAGGUGUCUUCAAGAUGUGUUUUUUUUUCAAUCUUCUUAAAUGAAAUUUUCUUAUUUAUUUCCCCUGUCUGUGAUACAACUUAAGUAUUGGUUUUCUGUGGUGCACAUUUUUUGAGCCUUUUCUUAGAAAUUUCAUAAUGUAAAAAUAUUGUAAGAAUGUUAAGAUAAAUUUUCCAUUUUAGAAGGUGUAGUAAAAUAUGCUUUGAUUAAACCUCAAAUUUAUUAUUUAGAGGUUUUCACACAAUUUUACCGGUAAUAUUAUAAUUAGUAUUAUAUAUUAAUGUUGCGAAUAUAAAAGUACCUAUAAAAUAUUUUACAAUAAUUUAUUGUGAAUUUAAGAAAAUGUAUUAUAAUGUUUGUACCUAAACCUGUUAUUAUUUAAAAGCCUCCUUUAAUAUUUUUCCCCAAUUACUAUAUUUAAAUAUAAUUAUGUGCAAUAUUUUAUUUAUAUGUUAUGACUUAAGUCAGUAGUUUUUAAUUAUUAAUAUACAAAUAUUUUAAGAGGCUUGAUGGAAGAGAGUAUUCAAUAUAGUUUUCAUUAUUUAUAAACUACACUAAGUACAAUAUUUAGUAAUUAAAUAUAAUGUAAAAUAUAAUUAAAUUUAUUUUAAGUUGCUUUACAGUUGAAUUAUUAUAUCUAUAAUGUAUUUUGUUUAUUGUGGAAUGUAAUUUUCGUAGUAAGUUCCUUUAGGCUAUACCACAUUUGAUUUAAGUUGUACAAAUAAUAUUUUAUGAUUCGCAAAUGUAUUAUUCUUUGGCUUAUCCCUCUCUACGAUAAUGUUAAUUCAUAACUCACCAAAUGCAUAGGCUUUCUAUAUUAGCAUAAUAUAUUUAGUCACAUUAUUGUAAAUGUAACAAGUUUGGAAAAUUAUUUUAAUAAAUUAAUAGCAACACUCGUGUAAUUGUAAAUCAUAUAAAAAUUAAAAUUUUACUCGAAUGAACAAUAAAAGAGUAAAACUUAUCUGUAUUAAUA